AUGGCGGCGGUAGCGGCUGCACGAGCAGUUUCUGUGGGUUCCGGGCUACGGGGUCUGCAACGGACACUGCCUCUUGUAGUGAUUCUUGGGGCGACCGGCACCGGCAAAUCCACCCUGGCGUUGCAGCUAGGCCAGCGGCUCGGUGGCGAAAUCGUCAGCGCUGACUCCAUGCAGGUUUAUGAAGGCUUAGACAUCAUCACCAACAAGGUUUCUGCCCAAGAACAGAGAAUGUGCCAGCACCACAUGAUCAGCUUUGUGGAUCCUCUUGUGACAAAUUACACAGUUGUGGACUUCAGGAACAAGGCAACUGCUCUGAUUGAAGAUAUAUUUGCCCGAGACAAAAUUCCUAUUGUCGUGGGAGGAACGAAUUAUUACAUUGAGGCUCUGCUCUGGAAAGUUCUUGUCAGUACUAAGCCCCAGGAGAUGGACACUGAGAAAGUGACUGACCGGAAAGUAGAGCUUGAAAAGGAGGAUGGCCAUGCACUCCACAAACGCUUAAGCCAGGUGGACCCAGAAAUGGCUGCCAAGCUGCACCCACAUGACAAGCGCAAAGUGGCCCGGAGCUUGCAAGUGUUUGAAGAAACGGGAAUCUCUCAUAGUGAAUUUCUUCAUCGUCAACACUCAGAGGAAGGUGGUGGUCCCCUUGGAGGCCCUCUGAAGUUCCCUAACCUUUGCAUCCUCUGGCUUCAUGCUGACCAGACAGGAGCUCCCAGUCCAGCGGGGUGCAAACAAGAUAGAUCCUACAUUGUGAUAAAUGCUGGGCUAGAAAGUGCUGUGAGGCCACAGACAAGGGAUGAUGAGCACUCUUCUGGGGGCAUCCAGGGACCCAUUUUUAAAGUUCUAGAUGAGCGCUUGGAUAAGAGAGUGGAUGACAUGCUUGCUGCUGGGCUCUUAGAUGAACUAAGAGACUUUCACAGGCGCUAUAAUCAGAAGAAAGUUGCAGAAAAUAGCCAGGACUAUCAACAUGGUAUCUUCCAAUCCAUUGGCUUCAAGGAAUUUCAUGAGUACCUGGUCACUGAGGGAAAAUGCACACCAGAGACCAGUAACCAGCUCCUAAAGAAAGGUAUUGAGUCUCUGAAACAGGUGACCAAGAGAUAUGCCCGGAAGCAAAACCGAUGGGUUAAAAACCGCUUUUUGAAUAGACCUGGUCCCAGUGUCCCCCCAGUCUAUGGCUUAGAAGUAUCUGAUGUCUCGAAGUGGGAGGAAUCUGUUCUUGAACCUGCUCUUGAAAUCGUGCAGAGUUUCAUCCAGGGCCACAAGCCUGUAGCUGCUCCAGUAAAGAUGCCAUGCAAUGAAAUGGAGAACAAGAGAAGUUAUCACAUGUGUGACCUCUGUGAUCGAAUCAUCAUUGGGGACCGUGAAUGGGCAGCACAUAUAAAAUCCAAAUCCCACUUGCACCAGCUGAAGAAAAGAAGAAGAUUGGACUCAGAUGCUGUCACUGCAAUAGAAAAUCAGAGUAUUUCUCCAGACUGUGACAAAGAGCUUAAAGAGAAAGGAUCCCCAGAGCAGAAUGAGAAAGAGCUGAAAUCCAGUGUUUAAGAGACAUGUCCCGGAGCCUUUGCGCAGAUACUUUUAUAGAUGACGGAAGUCUUGUGAGCCACAGAUCAGGAGUUCUGGAUUUGAGUGAAUGGGAGGAAAAGACCAGCCCCAGUGAGAAGAUUAAGUGAACUCGACCAGUUCUUGGAAUUCCACAGAGAAGGAGAGAAGGAGGUGGUCGUGAUGUGGUGCUUGAAAACUAAAGACUUCACCAUUUGUUGCACUCUUCCUGUGUGAUAAUUACUGUCACUACUGUCUUUCUAUUGGCUUAGGAGUCUAUAUAUUUUUUGAAAGUUAAAUAAAGAAAAAGUUCCCAAGA